AUGAAACAAUACGCCAAAAACAUCCACCAACGAAUUACCAAUGCCAAAUCAAACCUCACACAAACCACUACUAACCUUACUCUAAAACAAACCAACCCUGCAAAACCUACCAACUUUCUCACACAGUGUAACAUCGAGAUUUCCAAAAAUGGUCGAAACGGCAACGUUAAAGCAGCAGAAACAAUAUUCCACAGAAUGUCCCAUAAAAACACGGUCACUUGGACAGCCAUGCUCACAGUUUAUGAGCAAAACGGUCAAAUUGCAAACGCCCGCAAACUGUUCGACGAAAUGCCUCAACGAACAACAGCUUCUUACAACGCCAUGGUCUCUGCUUACAUUCGUAAUGGUUGUAAUGUCACCAAAGCUUAUGAGAUUUUCGCCAUGCUUCGCGACCGAAAUGCGGUGUCAUAUGCUGCCAUGAUAACGGGUUUUGUUAAGGCAAGGAAGUUCAAUUUGGCUGAAAAACUCUACCUUGAAGCUCCACUUGAGUUUCGUGACCCGGUUUGUUCCAAUGCUUUGAUAAAUGGGUAUUUGAAAAUGGGUGAAACAAAUGGAGCUUUGAGGGUUUUUGAGAAUGUGAGGGAGAGUGAGAGGGAUGUCGUUUCUUGGAGUGCCGUGGUUGGUGGUUUGUGUAGAGAUGGGAAUGUUGGUUAUGCUAGGAUAUUGUUUGAUAGAAUGCCAGAGAGAAAUGUGGUUUCUUGGAGUGCAAUGAUUGAUGGGUAUAUGGAGAAAGGUUUGUUUGAAAAUGGGUUUUGUUUGUUUUUGGAUAUGAGAAAGGAAGGUGUUGUGGAGGUUAAUUCAACUACGAUGACUAUUAUGAUUAAAGGGUGUGGAAAUUGUGGCAGGGUGAAAGAGGGAAUGCAGAUUCAUGGGUUGGUUUCAAGGUUGGGAUUUGAGUUUAAUAGUGUUUUGAGUAAUUCUAUUAUUACUAUGUAUUCCUUGUUUGGUUGCACUGACAUGUCAAAGAAAGUGUUUUGUGUUAUUGCCAAUAAAGACUUAGUUGCAUGGAAUUCUUUGAUUUCUGGAUAUGUUUAUAACAAUGAAGUGGAUGCAGCUUAUGAGGUUUUUGAGAGGAUGCCAGAGAAAGAUUUGAUUUCUUGGACAGCUAUGAUCAGGGGGUUUGCAAAGGGUGGAAGAAUUGGGAAGGCCGUUGAACUGUUUAAUAUGUUGAAAGAGAAAGAUGAUUUUGUAUGGACAGUUAUUAUAUCUGUUUUUGUGAGUAAUGAGGAGUACGAGGAGGCUUUGCGUUGGUAUGUUCAGAUGAAUCAGGAAGGAUGCAGGCCAAAUCCUGUUACUAUUAGUAGUGUUUUUGCUUCUUCGGCUGCUUUGGUGGCACUGAAUGAAGGGCUUCAGAUUCAUUCCCAUGUUCUAAAGAUGAACCUGGAACACGACCUUUCGAUACAAAAUUCUCUUAUAUCAUUCUAUGCCAAGUGUGGAAACAUAACCGAUGCCUACAAGAUCUUCAUAGACGUCGAUGAACCAAAUGUUGUCUCUUAUAAUUCACUCAUCAAUGGCUUUGCACAAAAUGGGUUUGGCGAAGAAGCUCUCAAUAUGUAUAAAAGAAUGCAGAGUAAAGGCCUUGAACCCAACCGUGUUACUUUCCUUGCGGUUCUUUCAGCAUGUACUCAUGCAGGACUGAUUGAAGAGGGACGGAAUUUAUUUAACACCAUGAAAUCUCGUUACCGAAUUGAGCCAGAAGCUGAUCAUUACGCUUGCAUGGUUGAUCUACUCGGCCGUGCUGGUUUGCUUGACGAAGCUAUUGAUUUAAUCCGUUCAAUGCCGUUAAAGCCUCAUUCUGGUGUUUGGGGGGCUCUUCUUGCUGCAAGCAACGCUCACCUACGUCUUGACCUUGCUAAGCUUGCUGCUCAACAUAUUACCAAGCUGGAGCCUGCUAAUGCGACACCUUACGUGGUAUUAUCUAACAUGUAUUCUGCUUCUGGACAAAAGAUUGAGGGGGAUCAAUCACACAUGAAUAUUGAAGAGAUAAAAGCAAUAAUACUGACUAUAGAUAAAGGGAUGCAGUGGUUGUAUUAUUGUGGGUUCUAA